AUGUCUACAGAUACAUGGAUGUCUUCACAUCGUGAAAUUAAUCAGCAUACUCCUCAAGUACAUCCAUCAUCAUCAUCAACAUCAUCAUCGACAUCAUCUUCGUCAUCAUCAUCAUUAAUCGACAUGAAUUUCAUACAGAAUAUAUCCGAUGCAUUUAAUAAAUUCUAUUCUCCUACAGAAAUGAAUUCCUUCGCUUCUCCUGAUUUAUCUAUAUAUGCUAAUUAUUUAAAUAGAAAGUUAUUUAGUAAUUGUUUCAAUGAACAACAACCUCAGCAACAACCUCAACAACAACAACAAUUAAAUGAUAAUAAUUCACAACACUUUCAAGAUUUAUUUCAUAAACUUUGUAAAUCUCUACCACAAUUUGAUGUAAUGCAAAAAUCUUUAUCAGUAUUACCUCAGACAAGUGAAACAUCUCCAGAGAAAACUGCACAUGAUUUAACAAUGAAUCGUGGAAAUUGUGACUUGAAUAUAUCAGAUUUUAAUUGUAGUAAUACAACUUUAGGCACUACUACUACUACGCUGCCUAGUCCAUCUGAAAAGUCUAGCCCAUACAAUUCUAGUCUAUGCAAUCAAUCACAGCAUAAUUCAACAGAGAUGAACACGCAUCAGACAGAUAAUCAACAACAAAUGAAAGAAGACUCUCAAAUAGAAGAAAGUAGAGAGUUUAAAAGUAAAUUAUUUUCAUAUAAACAAGAUAAUGACGACGACAGGCAACAAUAUCAGUGUAUCAGUAAUGAAACAAUGAGUACACUGCAUUUCCCAUCUUCACCAAACACAAACACUAUGCUAGAUAAAAUGGAUAUAUCUUUAAAUAAGGCUAAAAAGGGUGAAGUAUCACUGAACAAUUUACAUUGCAUUGAUGAUAGUAUAGGACAAAAUUAUAAGUUGAACACAGAUAAAUUAACACAAUAUAAUCAGUGUCACUAUCAUAAUAAUAAUAAUAAAUGUCGUGACAGUAGUGAACAGUCCGCUGAUGAAUACCACGCUAUUAAUUUGUCCAUGAAAGAAACAGAUUUACUCAAAACACCAUCUCCACCUCAACCUCAACCUGAAGUAAAAAAUCACAGGAAUGAGACAAAUUAUGAAUCACUGUCUAAUUCAAUGCUUUAUGAAUACUACAUUAAAUUAUUACAAUUUAAUUAUUUCGAAUGGUUAAAGUAUCUGCUGUGUCAAUCAUCCCAAAUAUCAGGUAAUCCAGGUAAUAUUUCAACUCCUAUCCCUCAAUUAUCUCAGGACAAUAAUAAAAAUAACUAUUAUCCUACUAAUGAUAAAUCAUGUGAUAUUCAUAGUAUGAAUAAUAUUCUAGGAGGUAAUCAAUGUCCAAUAGAUUGUCAACUUAUUGACAGUUUAACAACAGUUCAUAAUUCUAUGACACACAUGAAUUCAGAUAUAUUCGGUUUAAAUUAUGCAAACAAUUUAUUACACUUAUAUGGAGAUGUUCAAUCAAAUUUUUUGUCAGAUAAUUAUCAAUCUGCAGUGUUGAACAGUCUUUCAACAAUUCCAUCAUCUUUAUCACCAUUAAAGUUAACCCAACCAUUAAUAAAGGAUCCUACUAAUUGUAUAAAUGAAAUGUGUACUAUAAAAUCGAAAAGACAGUCGUCUACAAAUUCAAUAAUUCCAAAGAAUUCUCUCAACAGCAAUAAUAAUAAUAGUAAUAAUAGUGUUAAUAUUAAUAGUAAAAAUCAAACAGUAAUAACAGCUAAUAACAAUACAUCAAAUAGUUAUGCUUGUAAAUUAUGCUCCAAAGUUUAUUCACAAGCAUCAGCAUUAAAAAUGCAUGUAAGAACGCAUACACUACCAUGUCGAUGUACACAUUGUGGUAAAUCAUUUUCACGUAAAUGGUUACUUAAAGGACAUGAACGUACACAUACAGGUGAAAGACCAUAUUCAUGUAAUAUAUGUGGACGUUCAUUUGCUGAUAGAUCUAAUCUACGUGCACAUAUGCAAACACAUCAACGUGAAAAACGCUAUUCAUGUUCAUAUUGUCCACGGUCAUUUUCUCGAAUGGGUCUAUUAAAUAAGCAUAUAUUACAGUGUAAUCAUCAAAAUCAUAAUAUUAAUAAUAAUAAUAAAAGUGAUAAUUACUGUUCACCAAUAAAUUUUUGUGAUGUAAACCUACAACACAAUCGAUCAUUAAUGAGUACAAUGCACAGUUUAUAA